AUGCCCAUCUCUAUCCUUUUAAGUUUUUGUUUUGGUAACUGCACGUGUUUUCUUUGAUUGCGUUUUAAAAGUCAAAAACUAGCAAUGUCGGACAAAUAUGCAGUACCCAAUAAAUUGCCAGGAAAAACUGUCUCCGUGCUGAAACAUCGCAAGAGGAGAAUUCUCCAGGAUGAGGCUGUAGUUACACAGAAAAAAAAUGACCGCAUCAAGAAGAGGACCGCAACCAAAAAUCACCACAAAUUCCGCCGCGCCGAAUCCUUUGUAAUGGGCUACUUAAAAGCAGAGCGCACGGCCAAGCGGAUCAAACAAACUAUUCUGCGCACCAAUGUCACCGAACAAAGUGCCAAGUCUGCCGAAGAUUGUAAUCCAAAACUGCUUUUCGUGAUGCGACAUGCCGGCAAGAAGAUCUUUGACAAGACCACUUCGGAUAUAUUCAAAAGUCUGAGGAUGGGUUUGCGACACAAUGCCGUUUUCUUGGAGAACAACAAAGAGAACCAGUUGCUGUUGCGCGUUAUUGAACCAUAUGUGAUCUAUGGUAAUCCCUCGCUGAGCUCCAUUCGCGAGCUGGUCUUCAAGAAGGGUUUUGCCCGCAUCGAGGGUAAGAAGACGGCCAUCCAGUCGAACACAAUGGUCGAGGAGCAGUUGGGCGAUAAGGGAGUAAUUUGCUUGGAGGAUAUUAUUCACGAAAUCGCCACAGUCGGUCCGAACUUUGCCGCUGUCAAUGACUUCCUGUGCUCCUUCAUGUUGUCCAGUCCCAGUAAUGGUUGGCAGAAGAAGGUAUCCGUGCCCUUCAAACGAGGUGGCGAGUACGGUGAUCGUGGCAGCGCUAUCAACGAACUGAUUGCCCGGUGCCUGUAGAGAACCUAAGCUAGUAAACCUUUAAGUAAUUGUUCAACCUCAAUAACCCAUUCUGUAGCUAAGCCCAAUACACAUUUAUAUACAAACUAA